UUCCAAGCAUUACAUGGCAUUUUGAACACAUAACGAGCUCACCAGGAUAUCCCCAGAGUAAUGGUGGUGCAGAAAGAACUGUCCAAAUAGCGAAAUCACUGAUGACGAAAGCUGUAGAAGGUGUUGAUCCCUACCUGUCAUUAUUAAACCAUCGCAAUACACCUCGAGAUUCGGUACUGGGAAGUCCAGCACAACGUUUAAUGUCAAGGCAAACAAAGAGUCUUCUUCUUAUGGCUAAAAAGAGCUGUUACAGCCAAAAGUGAAAAAUCCUGAAGUGGUGCAAGAAAGGCUGCAACAUUACAAGAAUCAGCAAAAGAAAACUUAUGAUUGAAGAGCCCAAGAAUUGCCAAUAUUGAAUCAAGGCGAUGUCGUCAGAAUACAAGGAGAAAAGGGAUUUAUGCAGAAAGGUGUUGUUGUAGAAAAGUCGCAGCAUCCUAGAUCGUAUCUGGUCAAAUCAUCAUCCAAAACGUAUAGAAGAAAUAGAAAGCAUUUGUUGAAAGUAGAUGAGCCUAUUGAGAAACACAAUGUUGAGAAAGUGGAUUAUGGAGGUGAAGAAGAUAAUCAAAAGAAGAACGCAAAUGAACAAUUACAUUCAGAGACACAAGCUGUUGUUUCAAGCCCGAACAAUGAUGGAAAUAGUAGUGUGAAAACGUAUAAUUUGUAA